AUGCAGUCAAAGAAGUGGAGGAAGCUUGGGGGUAUGUUCAAGUCCCGCGAAGCGGUGGUCAGGCGAGAUGAUGUUCCUCGGGGUCCAACCAUCGGGUUGCCGACCGGGUUGGUUGUUUUGGAUAAGAGUCCAACGAGCCAGACCAGACAGCUCGAAGCGCAUAAACUACGCCCUAUUCAACCAGAUCAUCCUCGGCAUGCUGACCUUCUAUCGUCGACCGACAAGAAACCGCACUCUGACCUCAGGGUUCCCGAGGGUCCCACGACCAAAGUUGAGGAGGAAAGCAUAUCGACCCCUUCGACAGCCACCGAUGCUAGCCUUUAUAGUGAACCCUACACAAGACCGCCUUUACCCAAGCUCGAACUGGAUAUUCCGACGGCGUCUCUUGAUCGCUACAGUGUGAUGUUUCGCAAUCUGCCACAGGCCACUCGCUCCUCGUCUUUGCUGGCUAGACGGAGCAAAACCUUAGAGAGUCUAAGAUCACUCGAAGACAGUCGACCCGUGACCAAAGAUGGAGACGACCGUAUUCCCCGUUCAGCUACAGAACCUACGACAGAGCCCCUGACACCUCUCAUGCCACCGAGACGCUUGACAACACCCACCAUAGCCAGAUCACCUGCCAGCAGCAAAUACUCGUUGUUUCCCCCGACAUCUCACCCGCCGUUGAAGAUCACUGGACAACUCGCGGUCUCGGAGAGUGACAACCGUGGAAUAGGUCAAUUGAAACGAUCAGCCACAUCGCCGGCUCGUCUGUCUCCUAUGCGAGAUGAUUUUAAGCCCGAGCCGCUAAAUUACAAGAGGAUGAUGUCCAAUGAACCGGGGCUUGACGGGGCAAUGUUCAAGGAGAAGGCCGUGAAUGUUCCAGACUCCAACGAACAGAAUAUCAGCAGUCCAGAUGACAAGACGGCUUCGACGGACCGAGAAGCUCCAUGGAGCUCUGCUCACUCGUUCCAAUCAUCUGUCUCGUCUGCCACGACCGUGGAUGAAAUUUUCUUUGAUAUCAAAUCGUUGCGCGACUCAAAGGGUGUCGAGGAUGGACAGUUUGUCAUGACGAGACCAGCCUCGGCUGCGGUGGAAUUGGCUCGGACCAGAUCGAAGCGUGCAGCUACGACGACUCAACGGCGACGGCCGGACGUCUCACAGUCAGGCGAGGGAGGCGAAUCCACGACACCAGUGCCACCACCUGUGCCGUCGAUAGCCUCAACCGUCAGGUCGGCGGACACCACCAAACACACCUCUGUCAACACGGCAUAUUUUGACGAAGCCAUUGCUGCUGUAGAACGACUCACGUCACCAAUGGCUGCCGGUGAGAUGGAAAAGGAUUCCCCCACCAGUUCCGCAGUUCCCGCCGUUAUACCAGCCCGCCGUUCCGACGACAAGCCACCGUUGCGGGCCGUUCCAUUGGUGGGAUCGACGUCGAGUAGUGCUAUAAUACAGCCCGCCGAACGUCCGUCCAUACGACACCAAAACAAAUCUCGGGACGAUAUCGGCCAGCUAAUUCCCUCGCCCGUCACCGAAGUCAAGGAGGAGCUGUCUCCCAAACGUGCCAGCCCAUCUACAAUUACCGCCAUCACAAUAACAGCGCCAAAACCAACGCAACCUGGAGACCAGACCAAGAAGGUGGUGUCUCCCAACGUCGCCGCUGUGAAAAGAGUCGAUCGGCCAAUCGACGACUCGCCGACCAUUCCUCAAGGUCCUCCCAGCCCUCGGCGCGCUGCCAUCCGGCCAUCGCCACUUUCUCCGUCAGACGAAAAGCCGCCACCCGUGCCGAAGAAGGACCCCAAAUACAUCCCGCUGUCAAGAUAUGCCGCCAAAAGCACCGUAUCCAAGAUCGAACAAGCUGGCAUCAUACCGACCAGACCUGUGAGAGCCAACACCGACAACAAUCUCACCUCCGACCGCUCCCAGUCUCCGGGUACGGUGUCGGCAGUCAACAAGGAACGGUCGGCGACUCUUCCAUCAUCCCUGCAUCCUCCUCCUCGUCCUCCUGCCGACGCAUCUUCACCGUCCUCGUCACUUCGUGGCCUCGAGAAGGCUGUCCCUCCGCCGGCAUCGCGUCCGAACCUGCAUUCUACUCCAACGGUAGCAGUCAAAGCCGAAGUCGCUGUUGCUCGAACCGUGUCAUUGUCGCGCAAGCAAAGCGCUCGUCUACUUGUACCGGGGCCGAAACCAGCUGGUCGGCGCGCCGAUACAACCCGCCAACAGGAACAGGAGGAGCAGCAGCGACAGAAGCGGGUGGAACAAGAGCAGAGGUUUAUUCCAGGUCACCGUCACCGCCGCACGACGUCCAAAUCUCUGUCGAAAGAUAAAAUCAACUUGAAGUUUUUGAUGCGGGGUGAGCAGUCUGACUCGGACAGGGAGAGGGAAAAGGAGAAAGAGCGGGCCAGACUGCAGAUCGAGAAACAAGUGGCGAUCAGAGGUAAAGCGAAAGAGAGAGAGAAGGAGAAAGAGAGAGAGAAGGAGAAAGGGAGAGAGAAGGAGAAGGAGAAAGACAAGGAAAAGGAAAAGGAGAAACCGAGAGAAGUUCCUCCCAUGACUCGCAAAUAUGACACUGGUGACAAUCUGGAACUCCACCAGUGGGAGGUGCUCGAUAAAAGUAAAUGGGAGAUCCUGGAGAAAAAAGCAUAUUCUCCCGUCGUGGUGCAAGCGGAGCGUGGACACAGGCCUGGCUUGAGUGUCGGGUUGGUCGUGGAGACGGUUUGA